CUAUUUUCAAUAUCUGGAAUGUAAGCAAAGGGAUUUAGCCAUCGCCAAGUUGCGCGCGAAUUUGAGACCAUUUCCCGCUCCCUUUUAAUAAACAAAGUGUAAUACGAAUCCGAUCAUGGGUGCUCGGAGAAGAAGGUAACGGCCCUAAUCCGAUUCUCAAUUAUGUUAAAAGGAAGAGAGAGCUUGGUCCGAUUGGUAGGCAAACGUAGACGCUUUCUUCCUAAUCGUCUUGCCAUUCUCGAGAGCACUCUGAAUCUCUGCUCUGAUGACCAUUGCAAUCCCCUUCCCGCUGAGAAAAAUCUGGACCCUUGUGAUGAUGGGGACAUUGAAAGCAGAACCUCCCGGGAAUAUGUUACUUGCCCAGUUUGCAGUUGCAGAGUAAAUGGGGAAGACUCCAUUAUCAACUCUCAUCUGGAUGAAUGCUUAUCUAGGGGAACGAAGAGGAAGUUGACUCAAAGCACUCUUCUUCAACUAAACUUCUAUUCCCGAUCAAAAGUUCAACAUCAGGCUCAUGUUCUGAAAUCAGAGAAAAAGGAGUCUUCUGUGGGUCCUGGUGAUGGUCCAAUGCCCAAUAAUAUCCAUAAAUUGCCCAAAGAUGCAUCUUAUAUUGAAAAUGACGAAAUUGUAUGCGACUCAUUAGUAGAAUGUGCAAUGCGUCCACAAAAGGACUGUUUAUUUGAUACCCUAAAUCAUUGUGAAGGAAGUAAUGGUGCCUCAGAAAUUUGCUGCUCUCCCAAGAAUAAAAUAUCUGAGAUGGUUUUGGGCAAAGAUGAUUUAUCUGGGAUGAUUCUUCAAACUUUUAUUGUCGGUCGUAAGUUUAGUAAUGAAAAAGAGUUAAAUCUUGGGGAAAGAAUCUCUCUUGAAAGAGAUCCUACCAAUGUAAAGGAUCCCAAUGCCAUCAAGGUUAUUUCUGCAGAUUCUGAAUGUUGUAAGAUGCUUGGAUAUCUCCCACGUGAAUUAGCCCAGUUUUUGUCUCCCCUAAUUGAGAAGUAUUGUCUGAGCUUCAAGGGACUUGUGACAACUGCUCCCAGAAGUUCUGUUGACGUUGUACCCAUUGAGGUCAUGUGUGACAACAAAUUAUUUCAUGAAAAUAAUUUUGACAACGAGGAGUUCAAAAGUUUAUGGACAAGCAUUCAGAAAGCAAUUGAUUCAACGAAAAUUUUUACUCCUAUUGCAUUGAAAUAUCAGAAGAACUUUUCUCUUUUGAUACAAGAAGUAUUACAAAGUUAUUCCCAUUUAUUGUCCGGUGAUGAAAAACAUUUUCUAGAUGUCUUCAGUUCACUAUCAGAUGACAGUCAGAGGCUUUUUAUCCGUCUUUAUUUGCGUAAAGGACCAUGGUUUCGGAUGUCUUGUACUUCUUACAAAGAAGUAUUGGAUCCUAAACGGGCAGCCAAGGAGCUCUCAGAAGCAGGUUAUCUAUGUUGCUUUGAUACAACUGAAGCUGAUAACACUGACAUGAUCCAGAUUUUGAAUAUUCUCGCUGUCUCUGAGCUUCGUGAAAUUAUGCACCUGCUUAAGAAGAAUUGCAAUAGCGUCAUGAGAAAGGAUGAUCUUGUUGCCUCUCUUUUGUCGGCUUAUGAAGAUGGGCUGUGUCCACUACUUCCAGAUCUAAUUCUGCGCAUAGCUGGUAUUUGCGCUAGGAUAACAUCUAAAGCCGAACUGCUUAUCUGGCGUGCUGAGAGGCUUUUCUUCCUCAAUGGAGAGCAGAAUUUAUCAUCCUUUCUGCUUGUUGAUAUGGGAGUAGUCAAGUAUCCAACUUACAGCUGCAUAGUCUCGGAUCAGAUUUUCUUGGAUCGAAAUGAUUUGCUUGCUUAUGAAGAGGCUAUGGAAGUUGCACAAUUAAUUGAUCAAGCUCUGGAUGAGAAGGACGACAAAAUGGUUUUAAGAUGUGUAUCAGUUGCUGACUCUCGUGUGCAGCCAAACCAGUGCACUACCUCUGAAUCAGUUCCAUUCUUUUCAUGCUUUUCAGCAUCAUGGAUCUAUUCAAAAGUAGUGUCUCUUGGAGUUUCCUUUCUUGAACGUGAGAAUAGGUACAAUGAUGCAGUGCUACUACUAAAGCGUUUGCUAAAUUGUUACACUCGUGAUGGAAGAAGAGGAUAUUGGACCUUAAGGUUGUCAAUUGAUUUGGAGCAUUUGGGCUAUCCCAGUGAGAGCCUGUCAGUUGCUGAGAAUGGAUUGUUAGAUCCAUGGGUUCGAGCUGGUUCAAGAAUGGGAUUGCAAAGGCGCAUCCUUCGGUUAGGAAAACCACCACGGCGGUGGAAAAUCCCUAGUUUUGCUGAGUCUAUCAAGAGGAAAAUCACAGAGGUACGCAUCCAAGGGCGACCAUUGAACCAUGAAACAGGUAUGAAGAGCAGGUUUUAUGGAGAAAGUGGCGAACAAUGCUCAGUGGAGCAGCUCGCCCUCGAGUAUUAUAGUGCGGAGGGAGGUGGAUGGCAAGGUGUUCAUUCAGAAAGUGGCAUUUGGUUAACCAUUUUUGGGCUUCUCUUGUGGGAUGUCAUAUUUUCCGAUGUCCCAAAUGUCUUUCGUACAAAAUUUCAGACUGCUCCCCUGGAUUUUGGAACAGAUAGCUUUUAUAUAUUGAGACAGAACAGUAUAGAAUCUCAACUUCAGAAAAUUCAAGAUGGCAUGGGUGAGGAGAUCCUCAUUACGUCUUGGGAAUCACACAAGGGAACAUCAUGUAAUGGAGUUAACUGGGACCGACACUCACUAGCUGAGCUUCGGGCAGCUGUCACAUGUAUUGGUGGCCCUUGUAUGGCUUCACUAUGUCGGCAUCUUGCACAAGAUUAUCGAAGUUGGUCGAGUGGAAUGCCAGACUUGUUGCUGUGGCGCUUUAAUAGUGAAUACAGUGGUGAAGCUAAACUUGUUGAAGUAAAGGGUCCCAAAGACAGACUCUCUGAACAGCAGCGGGCAUGGAUAUUACUUUUAAUGGAUUGUGGUUUCAUAAUAGAAGUCUGCAAAAUCACCCCAUGCUAAAAUCAGCUUAAAAGGUCGAUGAACACCAGAAUAGGCAAAAUCGAGCCUGUCUUUAAAGUUCGGCUACCUAAGAAACAAUGGUACCUUGGUUGGGAGAUGUUACAAGGAUGAUUGUCAUAACGCACUUAUUCAUAGGUAGAGAAGAUGACUUAAAUCUGCCAAUCAGUAGGCAUGAAUUCUGGGAAGAAAAAAAUGAAGAAACGAUCCUUUAAAAUCCCAAGUAAUGCAUUGAAUCAUACGGUUUGUGAAUAGAAGAUGAAGCGGUUGUCACUUAAUGACAUGGAAGUGCUUUUUGGAUUGGUGGCUGAAAGGGGAAAACCUUAUGAAAAGUUUGUGAAAAUCUUUCAAGAGCUGUAACUGAAACAACUAAGAAAUGGGGUUUGUGGUAAAUACUAAAUUAGUUCACUUCAUAGGAAAAACAAUCCCCAAGUAAGAGAAUUUGUUUGGGGAUAAUAUAAUGUACUACAUUAUCAUUUGAUAUUACAGCAACUAAUUUUAUGAUUAUACAAUUGUUCACUCCUGAACAUUGAUUUUCACCCUGCACUCUACAUAAUAAAGCACAUUCCAUUUCAAUU